CCCGCCGGUGUCGGGAUGGCCACGUCGCACGGGGCCGUGCCGUGCCCGGGGACACGGGGGCCCGGGAGCCUUGUCCCUUUCACAGUGCCCCCGUGGGCGCGGACGGGGCGGGGAGAAACCCGACCCCCGCCGCCUGGGAAGGGAGAGGGGCUCGGCCGCGCGGGAGGAGGCGGCAGCAGGGCCGUGCGACUGCCCCAUUCGGCGGGGACCUCCCCAGCCGGGGCUGCGGGGAGGGCGACCCAGGGCGGGGCCGGGCGGGGCGCUGCCCUGCCCUGCCCUUUCGCCGAGCGGAGAGGCGGGAAGCCGGCGUCGGUGCGCUGCCGGCUGGCCGGAGGCAUGCGGAGCUGCGGGAGGGCGCGGGGCGCUGCGGGCUGGRCCGCCCCGCUGCUCCUGCUGUGGCAGUGCCUGCGGACGGCGCGGCCCUACAACCUGGACACUCAGCAUGCGCUGCUCUUCCGCGGCAGCAACGGGACCCUCUUCGGCUACUCUGUUCUCCUGCACCGCCACGGCGAGGAGCGAUGGCUGGUGGUGGGCGCGCCCCGGGCCAGCUGGCCCGCCAACACCUCGGUGAUCAACCCCGGGGCCGUAUUCCGGUGCCGGAUCGCGGGGAACUCCAGCGGAGAAUGCGAGCAGCUCCAGCUGGGCGACCCCAGUGGAGAGCGCUGUGGGAAGACUUGUUUGGAAGAGCGUGAUAAUCAGUGGCUGGGUGUCAGCUUGGCCAGGCAARCAAAAGAAAGCGGAUCUAUCGUUGCUUGUGGACAUAGAUGGAAAAAUAUCUUCUACAUGAAAAAUGAACACAAACUGCCACAUGGUAUUUGUUUUGCCAUCCCUCCUGAUUUUCGAACUGAACUGAGCAGAAGAAUAUGCCCAUGCUAUAUAGAUCAUGCACGAAAGUUUGGAGAAAACCAUGGAUCAUGCCAGGCUGGAAUGUCUAGUUUUUACAUUGAGGACUUAAUUAUAAUGGGAGCCCCUGGAUCAUUUUAUUGGACUGGUUCUGUUUUUGUGUACAAUGUAACCGCGAAUACAAUCCACGCUUACACGGAUUCAAAUAACCAAGUGAAAUUUGGCAGUUAUCUAGGAUAUUCUGUUGGAGCUGGACAUUUUUUGACAACAACCAGCAUAGAAGUAAUUGGAGGGGCUCCCCAGCAGGAGCAGACUGGUAAAGCAUAUAUUUUUAGCAUUGAGAGGCAACUAAAUAUUCUAUUUGAACUAAGGGGUAAAAAGCUUGGUUCUUACUUUGGAGCUGCAGUUUGUGCUGUGGACCUGAAUUCAGAUGGCUUCUCAGACUUACUGGUUGGUGCCCCAAUGCACAGCACUGUCAGAGAAGAGGGAAGAGUUUAUGUCUAUAUUAAUUCAGGUUCUGAAGCAAAGAUGGUAGAACUGAACAUAGAGCUCAGUGGGAGUGACUCACAUGCAGCAAGGUUUGGAGAGUCCAUAGCCAAUCUAGGAGACAUAGAUAAUGAUGGCUUUGAAGAUGUGGCAAUUGGGGCUCCACAAGAAGAUGAUCUAAAAGGGGCUAUUUAUAUAUACAAUGGCAGGGAAGAUGGAAUAACACCAUCAUUUUCACAGAGAAUACAAGGCCAAGAAGUCAGUAAUUCUUUAAGCAUGUUUGGACAAUCCAUAUCAAGCGGCAUUGAUGCAGAUAACAAUGGUUAUCAAGAUGUAGCAGUUGGUGCAUUUCUCUCUGAUUCUGCUGUGGUGCUGAGAACAAAACCAGUGGUAAUUGUUGAAGCCUUUUUAAAGCAUUCCAAUUCAAUAAACAGAACUAAUUUAGACUGCAUGGAAAAUGACCAGCCUGCCACCUGUAUGAAUUUGAAGAUAUGCUUUACCUAUAGAGGACGAGAGGUAUCUGGUUAUAUUGUAUUGCUUUACAAUCUGAGUGUUGAUGUGAACCGAAAAGAGGAUACACAAGCAAGAUUUUAUUUUUCCUCCAAUGGAACAUAUGAUACAAUCUCAGGAAAUGUAAAGAUUUACAACAAUAUUACUGCCUGCAAAGAUCAUCAAGCAUUUCUGAGGAAAGAUGUAAGGGAUAUCUUGACUCCUGUACAUGUUGAAGCAAGUUAUCAUCUGGGGCAUCAUAUUCUGCAGAAAAGAAGUGCUCAAGAAUUUUUACCACUUCAACCUGUUCUUCAACGCAGGAAAGAAAAAGAUGUUAUAAAAAGCAAGUUUAUUUUCGCAAGAUUUUGCUCCCAAGAAAAUUGUUCGGCUGACUUGAGAGUUUCUGGAAAAGUGGUUUUUCCAAAGCCUCAUGAUACGAAAACAUACCUUGGUGUUGGAAGUGUGAAGACUUUAUUGUUGAACAUUUCUCUGCUUAGUGUUGGAGAUGAUGCUUAUGAAACUGUCCUCCACAUUCAAAUCCCUAAAGGUCUUUAUUACAUGCGASUUUUAGAAUUGGAAGRAAAACAAAUCCAUUGUGAAGUAUUAGAUAAAGGAACUCAGGCAGUGACACUUAAGUGCAGUGUUGGUUAUUUAUAUGUAGAUCACAACUUAAAGCUGGAUUAUAGUUUCCUCUUGGAUGCAAGCUCAUUAACCAGAGCAGAGGAGGACCUCAACAUCAUCAUUAAUGCUACCUGUAAAAAUGAAGAUGGGAACAUGUUGCUGGAUAACAUGCUAACUUUACCUAUACCUCUAAAAUAUGAGAUUGAGUUAAAUACUCAUGGGUUUGUGUCACCAACCUCAUUUGUUUAUGGAGCAGAAGAGAAAGAUUCACCAGUUACAUGUAUGAAGGAAAAUAUCAACUUCACUUUCCAUGUUAUCAGUGCAGGACCAAGCAUGUCUCCAAAUACCAACUUAGAGAUAAUGAUACCCAAUGCUUUUGCACCCAGGGACUCCAAAUUAUUCAACACACUGGACAUCAAGACAACAGCUGGACACUGCUCCUAUAAUAAAUAUCCCAGAAACUGUAUUGCAGCAGAAAAAAAUGAAAACAUAAUAAAAGAUGUCAUCACUUUCUUUUCAAAGCCUAAUAAGAGACAUAUGUACUGCAUGAAAAAUGACAGCCUUUGCUUACAAAUMCAUUGCCAGCUGGGAAAUAUGGAAAGUGGAAAAGAAGCAACUGUUCAGUUGCAUCUGGAGGCUACUCCUUUACUUGUAGAAAUGGAUGAUGCAUCCGUAUUGAAGUUUGAAGUAAGAGCAGCAGCCUGGCCAGAAAAAAAUACAAAAGUUAUUGAACURCAUAAGGACAAACAAACUGCAUAUGUCUAUUUGGAAGCAUUGCACCACCUAAAGCCAAAAUACCAUGUUACUGUGCUAAUUAUUGCCCUAGGCUUAAUAGUUGGUGUUACGUUGUUUUUGCUUCUUUCAUUUAUACUAUGGAAGAUUGGCUUUUUCAAAAGGAAAUACAAACCAGUCCCUCAAGACACAAACACAAGAAACAGCUGGAGUUUUACAAGUGGGAACAAAGAUGACUAAGAUGGCAAAUAAACGUCUGAUUUUAAAAUGAAGGAAUUAAAAUUCAGAUUAAUUCACAGGAGAAACAUCAGCAGCAAGAAAACUAGGCCUUGAGCUUACUUGCUCUUGCAAAACAUGCUUUAUUUCCUUGAACUGUAUGGAGGAUACACCCUAGAGUACUGUUGUUCUAAUAUGAAAAUGGUAAACCAGUUUGUUCUGAAGUCUCACAGUAAUAUCUGAAAUGCCAUGUAUAUAUACUUCUAUAUAUAUCUGGUUUCAAACAGACAGAAGAACACUAAAGACAAAGAGAAGAAGAAUUACUUACCAGAAAGAAGUCUUCUUAGAAAGUAAUUAAGUUUUGGCUAAUCUUGGAAAGUAAGAUCUGAAACACCUCAGCAUGAGUUAUUCUAUUGAUUUUAAAGUUUCAAUAAUAUUUUGAUCAGGCAUUCAAGAAGAAAUCCCCUCUCAUCUUGCUUUAGCAGUUUAACAAGGGUAAAUUAGCUCAAACCAGCAGGACUGUAAGUAGAACUCAUGGACAUAGAAAACAGCUCUCAGAAGCUCUGGGCUUCUGCAGGGAACCUCGUAAGCUUUGGCUUCACAGGCACAGCCACAGCACUGAAGAGACUUGGACACCCAGGCAAACCAGAACUAGGAAGGCCAAAGGUGGAUUCAGAGCAGGGAAUUGUGUGGGGUAGCCUGGAGUUGCAUCUGUAGAAGGAUUAAAGUAUUGGAGAUCAUAAUUUGUAGCCAUCUUUCACAUGGUACUUUCAAGCAUGGCAGAAUUACUUGUUCCAUCCUUUCUUCAGAUAGUGCUGCCAUAAGAUUUUGGACUUCUCCAAUCAAUCAUUUCUAUGUGGGUUUUUUUUAAAGCAACUAUUUAUUUUUAUUUAUUUGAAGAUUUUUCUAUAGUACUUAUGAUAGUAUUUAUAAGUGCUGGCAUUCUUCCAGAACCUGAACAAAAGAGAGAAAGUCUUCACCAGACAAAACAGAGAGAGACACACCCAAAAGACUCCAACUGCCAACCGUAAUGCRCCAAAUUUUAUCUUUAGAUGUGCCACCCUUGAGCUGAAAGUACUUYAUCAGGAGAGCCAGCUUAGGUUCCUGGGAAACUGUCAGAUAAAUACCAUCCAAACAGGCACCCUCAGCAGCCACUCUCAGAAAGGCAAGUGCCUGAACAGAACCAUGGAUAAAACCACUGCUCUGCUACUCCAGGAAGUUUCUUCAGCUAGCUAAGUUUGCACUGCCACCUAGCUUUGGUGACGCUGAAGCAGCAUAAGCCAGGGGGAAAAAAAAAAACUUCCUUUGCUCCCCAGAACAGCUGGAGAAUAACUGAAUUUAUUGCACCAGAAGGACAGAGUGUGGCCUUGUGGCCAGGCCUUGGAUGUCUUUCUGAACUGCAGAGAAGGGAAUGCCAUCUCUACACACGCUUUGAAGCUGCAACCUCCUGUAGGAGUUAGCCUGAACCUCAAACCCMCAGAGAGUGCCUUUAGCAAGCACUUCUGCUAAGAGUGCUUGGUGCCAUAAAAGCCAUGUUGCCCACAGAUUCCAAAGGUAUUUGGGACCAUUUUGUAAUUUCCUUUCACUUCAUUUGAUGCCAAAGAUGUGGAUCGCUCCAAAGUAUAUUUCCCUCUAAUUGCUACAGUACAAGGACAAAUGAAUGUGCAUGUAUUUUUUUAAAGUCAAAAUAAAGUAUGUCAAGAAGGAAAUACUUUUCUUGCAAGUGUAUGAAAAUGUGCAAAAAAAUGCUUAUCUUCCACAUGGCUUUAGUGAAUUUUUGCACUUUAACAAAAAAAACCCCUUUGAACAGAAAUUAGUUUGAUAUUACAGCAUACUGUGAAAAAUAUACCUCAAAUACUGGAAGAAGCAUUAAUGUUCUUUUGAGUACAAAGAAUGCAUGCAAGUGAAACCAAAGCAUUUUAUUUAUCUUUGAAAUAGUUUACAUCAGUACAAGUGAUAAUGAUGCCUUGGAAAUUGUACACUUUCUAUUCAGAUUUGAUUGUUAACAUGUAAAUGUUGGUUGCUUAUUCUUAAGAUACGAAGUAAAAUUAUGAAGCUUUUAUAAACCAGGUUGACUAUAAAUGAAUGUACACUGUCCUCAUGGUGGCAAGGUUAUUAAGUAUUACUCGAUUGCAUUUUGUUAAAAAAAAACCAAACAAGUUAAACACAUGAAU